AUGAGUCUUGCUUGUCCUAUGUUUAAAAUGCCUUCUAGGUGGACUGUGAAUAGGGAUUGCUAUGCUAUGUUUGUUGAUGAAAAGUUGAAACUGAAACAAUUUUUUAAAACUCAUAGUCAAAGAGUUAGUCUAACAAGUGAUUCUUGGACUUCUAAUCAAAGAUUGAACUACAUGUGUAUUACUGCUCAUUUUAUUGAUAAUGAUUGGAAGUUGCAUAAAAAGAUUAUCUCUUUUGUUACAUGCUCAAGGCAUAAGGGUGAAUAUUUGUCUAAGUCUAUGGAGACCUGUUUGCAAGAGUGGGGGCUAAAAAAUAUAUUUUCUGUUACCUUAGACAAUGCUGAGAACAAUACUACUGCAAUGGGGUUUUUUAUUAAGAAAAUGUUGACUUGGGGUAGUACACAUGUUAGAUGCAAGUAUGCUCACAUGAGAUGCAUUGCACAUAUUUUGAAUCUUGUAGUGUCUGAUUGUUUGAAAGAGUCUGGUUCAUCUUUUCAAAAGGUUAGGGGAGCUGUUAGGUAUAUAAAAAACUCACCUCUCAGACUUAGCAAAUUUAAAGAAUGCAAAAAAUCACUUGAUUUUGAAUGUAAGCGUUCUUUGUGUCUAGAUGUGCCCACUAGGUGGAAUUCAACAUACUUGAUGUUAGACACUGCUUGUUUGUACCAACCUGUUUUUGAGGAAUAUGAGGAUGUGGAAGCUUCUUUUAGAAUUGAUUUGGGAGAUGAGGUGCCUGAUAAACAUGAUUGGGAUAAGGUUAGGCAAUUAUGUGCGUUGUUACAAUGUUUUUACAAGAUGACUUUGAGAAUUUCUGGUUCUCUUUAUGUCACCUCUAACAACCACUUGAAUGAGAUUUCUGAUUUGUCAACUAUUUUGCAAGAUUGGAUUAAGUCUAGUGAUUACUGUCUAAGAUCAACGGCAACUAAAAUGAAAGAUAAAUUUGAUAAGUACUGGGGUGAUCCUAAUGUGAUGAACAAGUUGAUUUUCUUUGCAAAUAUUUUAGACCCCCGUGACAGAAUUGUUUACUUGGAAUAUACUUUGAAUCAAAUGUAUGGUUGUCAUGCUGGAAAGUUUUUGUAUACUUGUGUGAUGGAGGAUCUGGCUGAGUUAUUCAAUGACUAUGAAGUCAUUUAUAAGAAGGAAGUAGCCACUACUGCCACUGGGGGCAAUGGCCAAUCAGCAGAACCUGUUGCUCAAUCCUCCCAAGCUAAUUCUGUGCUGAAAGAACGAUUCUUACAGCAAAUGUUAGAGACUAGUGGUGUGAGUGGAAGCAAAAAAAAUGAGUUGGAAAUGUAUCUAAGUGAGGCAGUAGUUGCAAAUGAUGCUAGUUUUGAUAUUCUGCGAUGGUGGAAGCUAAAUUCUGAGAGGUUCCCAGUCCUCUCUAGAAUGGUCCGUGAUAUUCUUGCAGUACCAGUCUCAACAGUUGCUUCAGAAUCAGCCUCCAGCACUGGAGGAAGAGUGCUUGAUGACUUUAGGGGUUGCUUGACUCCUAAAAUAGUGGAGGCAUUGGUCUGUACUCAAGAUUGGCUAAGAGAUCCAUCUAAGCCAGUCUCUAUUGAGGAAUCACUAGAAGAGUUGGAGCAACAUGAAGAAGGUCUUCAAGAUCCAUCUACUGCUCUUAAUGAACAAUAUCCUUUGGUGGUGGGAGCCUUUGCUGGUUCUGUUGGUCCUAUCUUUGCAUUGAAAUCUGAAAUUUUGCAAAUUGAUUUUGGUGGAGGCAUUUUUUGGUGGAAGGAUUUUUUGGUGGAGGCAUACUCUGAGUCUCUGACUGCAGUAUCAGUAUGCAUUGCAUUUUAA